GUGCCAAGACAUCAUCCCACUCACUUGUUUAUCUCUCAAACAUUUUGGAAAUUUAUUUACAAAUUUGACUAGUUUUGUGACAAAUCAAAAUUUCAACAAACUGAAUGGCAGAUGAAGAGGAAAGAGCUCCUGCGGAAGAGGAAGAAGAGGCGGAUGAGGCAGCAGCAGAGGACGCCGAAAAAGGAGCCGAUGAAGCGGCCCUAGAAGAGGAGGCGGUUGAUGAGGAUAAUGUGGACGAGACCGAAGAAGAUCCCUUCGAGCUGCUCGACGAGGAGAGCGAAGACAACGAGGUGGAGGAGCGCAUGUAUCGGGAAUAUAUCGACUUGAUGAAACAGAUCGACAGCCAGAACGGAGUUAUAAACGAUCUGAAGGAACGCUCCUACGAGCUGAGAGAUAAACCCUGUCAAACCCGCAACGACAAGGCGGAAUACAAGCGUCUCCGCAUCUGCCUGAACCAGGAGAACAUCAAGCUGAACACCAUGAUGAAUCGGGCCGUACAAUUGCAGAACAACGGCUCGAAGCGGCUUUACGGCAGCAUCGAACUAGCGACCUCCGGAUUUGAGGAUAAUUUACUCAACAGUUCCUCCGGCUGCCGGAAGGCAUCCAAGUGCCCAGCAUCGACAAGUCGGCCGAGAACCGCGCAAGAGAUCUGCGAUGCUCUGGAUGAUUCGGAAUCGAAUUCGGAUGAGGGUUGUUGCUCCACCAGGCGUUGCUCAUAGGUGUUUUUGAGUUGGAGUUAUCUUAGCUUCAGAUUCUGAAGUCGGGCUUUUAAAAAGUAUCGGAGAAAAUGUCGUCCCAUUGCGAAAUGUUUGAAAUACCGAAAUUCUUGUAGCAUGUAUUUUCAAUUCGUUGGAGUCUUAUUCGAAAUACACAAAUAUUUCUUUUUAA